UAUAAUGUUAACAGUUAUUAGCGAAAACAAAAUUUACUUCUAAUCCUUCAUUUGCAUUUUGAAAUACUUCAUAUUAUUUACACUAUACUACGUUUCUGCGUGACAUCUGCCUUAAUCAUUGCCUAAAACCACGUGGGACAGCAUUCGCCCGUUUUUGGUUGUGCACCAGUCUGGCUAGCACGACCAAAUUAUAUAUUCCGAAAGCAAGUUGUUGCAAAAUUUAUUUGAUACAUGGAAAGUAACUCAGUAUACCAGUUUCCAUGUAUCAGCAAAUUAUUUAGCUCUUGGCACAAAUGCAGGUGGAAUCCACAUUUUUCGAAGAUCAUCUCACCGACAUUAUUGUUUUCUGAAUGCCAAGGUCUUCCCUCAACAGGACACAAGCCGCAUAGUUCUAUCAAACGUUGGCAAACAUUUGCUAAGUUCAAGAUAACCAGCAGUGGCGGAUCUAGCGAUGUUGGUGUUGUUCAUGUUCUGUUUUCAAAUGAAGAAAGGUUUUUAGCUGCAUCCUUGAGUUGUGGUCAUGUUGCUGUAUGGGAACUCAAUUUUGAGAAGAGAGAAAAGUCACAGCUCGUCAGAAAAAACGACGAGCACAAGAAUGCUACAAUAACAAGUCUUUGCUGGCAUUCAUCUUCUUCUAAGCUGUUUAUUGGAGACAAUAGAGGAUGUGUUUCUAGUGUGGAAAUUUACACGACAAAGAUACGUCGGGUUCAAACUCUUGUUAAAGAAGGUCCACCUAUAGUGCAAUUGGACUUUGCUGAAGAGAGAUUACUCAUAUCAAACACAAAAAGAUGUUCUUAUUUUAGUCUCAGUAGUGACAGUAUUAUACCAAUUGGGACAAAGGAAAGGGAUGGCCAGUUUGGAGCAUGCUUACUACGGCAAACCGACGGUGAAGUACAUGCAUUUUGUGCGAGACCUGGGGCGAGAAUAUGGAAGGUUGAUGAAUCGGGUCAGGUGUUAUCCACGCAACAAUACAAGAAACUUUUGGCAACAUCCAGCUCGUCUUUGGUUGGCCGUGUAUCUGGAGACGAGAAACCUGUUUCUGAACGAUGCGACGUAAACAACUUUCCAAAACUCCUCAUUAUCAGAGAUGAUUAUCUUUUGACGUGGACGAAGGAUAGGAUUAUUAUCGUUGACCCUAAAAAAGGAGAACUGGUGCUAUGGAAUAAUCAGCUAUUUGAUAUUGAGGAUGUAUGCUGCAACCGUCAAUAUAUUUUCAUUUUUCAAACCGGAGGAUUUGUUACUCGUUUCUCCCUUAUCCCACCAAAAGAAUGCGUUGCCAAACUGUUUGUUAUGGGAAGCUGGAUGCAGUGUUCAAAGGUUCUCUUGUCGUGUAAGACGCAAAUAAUUCCUAUGUCAGCACGUGAUCAUGUGCCAGAAUAUGUUGUCAGACGUGUGAAAGAAAUUAUAAAUAACGAUCUUCUUCAUGAGCAAAUCGUUCGUGAUCUGACGGAUCUUGAAAACGAUUUAGAGAAACUUCCCAGCAGUCAUGAAAACGAUGUUUUCGAAAGCAUGCCAGCGUCGUCCAUUGAUGACUCAGAAACACGCAGUUUUUCUAGCGAUUUUACAAGCAACACAGACUUGGACAGUUUGAUAACUAUGGACUCUGGUUUGGAAAAUUUAGACGAGGCAAAAGAUACCGAGCAAAAAGUGCGACUUUCAAAGCUAAAGAACUCUUUGAAAGAUAAGUUGAAAGAGUUCUCUUUGGACAACAUGCUGUUAGCUGGAGCACAAGCUGCUGGCCAAUUGAGUUUUUCAAAUGCAUUUGCUUUCAGUGGUGCUGCUGGUGGAAAUGUAAAGCCCUUUCCACAAUGUUGGGAUACAAUCGAUACAAGUCGAGAGACAAGUGGUUACGAUUCACCUGCUGAGAGUAACGUAUUACAAGAAUCCAUCACUGUUAAGGACAUCUCGACACAUGUCGAUGUUUUAGCUGGAUAUGACUCAGAAGAGAGCAAGGAGCCAAUAGUUGUGCGUGAUAAGAAAAAAAAGAAAGUCAAGAUAAAUACUGUUGAUAUCACAAGUCCAUUGCAACCCAAAGAUUUGAUUAGAAUUGAAAAGCCAAAUCCAAAUAUUCCAGAAGAUCCUCAAAAUGAUUCCUUGUUGGGGAAGGCAACUGACAGGAAGGUCUCAGUGGCGUCACACGAAAGUUUCGAUUCGAGUCCCACGUCUUUCAUGGACAAUUCACCUGUGCAGGAUAAUAGGGAAAGUGUUCGCUCUCGUUCGACCAAUGCGAAACAAGAUGUUGUACAAAAGGCGCGACAGUUUUUGAAAAAGCUCACGCCCGAGGAAAAGGCAACGGCGGGUAACGAAGUAAGAAAGGGGUUGAAUGGUAAAGGUGGUGUAUCGAAGGGGAUAUAUGCUCACAUUACAUCACCUCUUGAAGUAAAAUCAUUGAUCAUUAUUUCACGAGAAACAAGACAAAAAAUUCGUGAAAGGGGAGUACUCUAUGAUCCAAAAGCUUUGCGAACAUUACUUAACGAGUGGAUUGUGUACCUUGAGAAGGCAAACAAUGCGAUUCGCCUGUUAUACCCAAAGAACAAAGAUAGUAAAGAAUAUUAUAAAACCGACGUCGGAAAUAUUAUCUCCACUGUGAUGAAAGUGCAUUUGGUGAAAUUUUUGGAUCACAACACAACCACGAUCGUUGCUGAACUUGUAACGUUGUGUUAUAAGUUGAAUAUUUUUUCAUCACCUUCUGAGGAUGAGCUUGAUGCAAGCGAUGAAGUGAAUGUGACUAAUCCGUCUUCUUGUGAUACUUGUGAAAAGAGUUAUAAAGGGUUUUUCUUCGAUUCUACACGGGAAAAUGAAGAAGAACCUUCUGCCUCUGUGGUAAAAGCCGACCUUGAAAAAACAAGAUUUGUUUGCUCCAAUUUCACACUGUUGAAUUACCAAAAGUUAAAGGAUGGUUUGAUUGCUAAUUGUCUAAACCAUCGUGAACUAAUGAACAAUCUGCUAAGAUGUAUCGAUGAUUUCAUCGAAAGAGACACCGUUGAUGCAGCUAUAGACGCUGGAGACAGUAAACAGGCGUUGCAAUUGAUGAAAGAUAGGGCUGAAAAUUUUCAGAAAAGGCUUCUCAGACAUAUUUUUAGGUUGCAUUAUUUGGUUCCGAGAGAUGUUGCAAAACUUUGCGGUGAAAUUUAUCCGUUCAUUCAUCCUUGGGAGGCUGUUCUAAUGUUUUUAUCGACUGCAACCAACGUACACAAUACCUGCAGUGAUUUUCUCAUGUACAUCACACAUCUCUUGCAGAACCAUGGAAAGAAAAAUGAAAAUAAAAUGAGUGUCAUAAAAGACCUCCGAUGCCCUGAAAAAUUUCUCAUCAUAGUUUACCGUGCGUCUCUGAUACUUGAUGAUUUAAAUGACUCUGAUAUACGAUGUCAAUGUGGCUUGCCAAGACCUGGCUCUCAUCGAACAUCGUUCCAAUAUGAAGAGCUCAUGGUCGAUGUUAUUCAAGUAAUGAAAUCAAGCAACGAUUACGAGUCCUUAAAGAAAUUAUUCAACAUAUCCUAUUGUCAUGGGUAUUGGUUAGGAUGUAUACAAAUUCUUGUGAUGCUGGAGUAUCGCAAAGAAGCGAUAAAACUUGCUCUUCAACUUCGAGAUAUUUCUUUGUUCAAUGUUUCUCAAAUGUGGGGGUGUCUUCCUCGUUCAUUUGACGAGUGGCGAUAUGGUUUACAGUACUUGAUAACGAUACAUUUUCGUUGUGGAAUUAUUGAUGAGGAAAGUGAUUUUGUGUCAGAUGCUGUUUAUAAAAGUGCACUCAAAGCUACUGACGGGGAUCGACUGAAAUUUGUGGAGUCGAAUCAUGUGGGAGAGAUUGAAAAGCACGUAUGUAUAAAAGGAACAACAUUGUCAAGUUUCACAGAUCUCCAUGGUGACUUGAAAAAUUACUUGUUUACCAUGCUACGACUGAUCGGACCUCAACAAGCUCUGAGAAUUGUUUUGGACACGCAGCUUCAGAAGAUUUUCAUUCCUGAAGAAUUUUACUACAAAUGUAUUCUGUGUUUCCAGUUACAAAAUUGCAUGGGGGCGGAUUUAAGUGUAAAUUAAAGGCUACGAGGGGGGGGGGAGGUAGCAUUGACAGAAAGAAAGAUUAAACACGGCAAACGCUAAAGUAUUCGACCUUUGUCAAAAAUAAUACCUUUAUUUGUUUCCAGAAUGUCUGUUUGCACAUAUAGGUAUAGAUAGAGGUUGCCCCUUUUGUGUAUGGUAAAUCUUAGUGUCAUCCUGGCCCAGUAAUCUCUAGCUUUCAUGUUUGACUUACUAAAUUGGAAUUAUCAAUGCCCCCCGCCUAAAACUUUGAAAAAUAUGGCAACUGCAUCUCCACUGUGUUGUUGUAAACCUACUUUGUUCAUAUUUUAAGAAAAAAAAGGCAAUUUAACACCUUUCGUAAACGGAAUCGAGAUAUAUUGCAUUACAUUGCAAUUGUGGAUCUGAGUAACCACUAUGUUUCCCAGGCCUUAGCUAUUGAAACAUGUUAGGUCGAAUGAAUUUUUAAAUAACGUCUGAUGCUAGACAUCGUCUAAAAAUUGUUUAUGGUACAAGAAACAAAAAAAUGUCUUAUCAAAAAUCUUGUUCAGUCCAUGCUCUUGAUACCCCACAAACAGUAGAGCACUAAAGCGUCUCAUGAUGGGUGAUUUGGUCUUUGGAAGAUUUUCACUAUUUGAUUGAGUAUGCCAGUAACAAGCUUCAGCCUAUCACAUCACCAAGCUAGAUAGUGCGCAAAAAUAGUAACCUCUCUCAUUAUAGAACUCUUAAAAGCUUUACUGCAUUUAUACUUUAUUAUUCAAAAAAAAACAGUGUACAUAAAUUUUUGUUAACUAACACAAUCUUAUAACAACUUAAAGCACUUUAAAAAAAACACCGUGGAUUAAGAGUUAACUAUUAGAGUUACUGAUGCUGAAAAUACCUAACAACUCGAAGGUUGUUGGUGCAACGUCAAUAGGUCGAAUCGAUUGUGCACGUGGAUGUUUUUAGAGACGUAUUUACGUAUUGUCUCUCUUCUUCAACUGGAAUCAUAUUUCCAUCAUUAAUAAAAGGUUAAAACAA